AUGGCUCGCAGUGCAGCUCCUGCUGUAACCCUCAUAGCAAUCCUCGUCACAGUGAUUCUUGCUCAAGGAAUAGACGCAACAUUUCUUCCCGCCAACCGCCUUCCGACCAACCUCAAGCCAUCCGAAGUAGCCGCCAAAGCAGCCGCCGCGGCCUCAGCAGCUGCCGCGGCCGCAACAAAAUCAGCCGCCGCAGCAGCCGCAAACAUAAACGCCAGCCCCGCAUCCCUCAACUCGAGCAUUUCCGACUUCGUGUCGUCCCUCAAUGCCUCUAUCUCCAGCCUCGUGUCUUCUCUCAACAGCAGCGCGUCCAGCCUCGAGGCCGCGCUGCAGGCGCAGGUAUCCGCGUUAAACGCCAGCCUUGCCGCGCUUAGCGACAGCCUCGCGCACCUCAACUUCACGUUCGCCAAAGCGAAUAUCACUUCAGAUGAGGUGACGGCGUCACCAACAUUAGCGCCGCUGCUGACGGCGUUGAAGUCUCAGCUUUCGACGCUCGACUCGAAGCUGUCGGCCGACGGCUUGAAGACGAGCAUCGACACGCUCGCGAAGGACCUCGUGGGCUUCGCGGUAACGGGGUCGGGGGCGGCGGAUUGGGCGCCAGUGGCGAGAGCGCUACCCCUCCCAGCGGUGGAAGCUUCCGUCAAAAGGGCUUCGCCAAGCGCGGCGUCCGGCGCGCGCGCCGCCGAGUUGGCGGGGCAGAUGGCUGAUCUGACGCAGCGCCUUGCCGGGAUCAACGGGAACGUCAACGCGCUCGCGGGGAUGGUGAACGUUGUUGCCAGCGGGGUUGCUAACGGCGUGAACGGGGUCCUCAACGGUGGCGGUGUGGAUGGCAGCGUGGUGGGGAAACUCGCGAAUCUUCUGCCCCAGCAGGCGGGCAUUCUGCGUGCCGUGCUGACGUCAUGCAACGGCCUGCUGUCUCUCCAAGCCGGCGCUGCUGACAUCCAGAUCCUCAAGAUCGGCUCGGACUACAUGAUCACAUACUACUUCUACGUAGCAGGAGUUACCAAGGCCCCAGACUCUCAGGCCAUUUUCAAGGGCAACCCGUGCAACUCUGUCACCACUGUACCCAUCACCCUCCCUGGCACGUGGGUGCCUAUGAGCCCUGUGACCUGGUCGCUGACGAAUGUUGUGAGGGCGUCAGCUGCUGACGUGGCGGAUCUGUUGGCAUCUCUUCAGACGGUCACCAAUGACAGGCUUUAUGUGGGGUUCUUUGGGGCUGAUGGAGCACUAUCAGGGAAGAUGAUUGGGGGAAAGUUGUGA